GUCUUGUUAUCGAAAUUAAAAGUGCAAUUUUAAUAACGUCCUAAUCAGAAAAGAUAUAUUAUAUAAAAGUGAUUCAAAAAAUGAAGAUUAUAUCAUUUGAAGUGAUUGUGUUAUCGAUGACAAUUAUCUGUAUUGUCACGCCCACUUUGGGCGUGUUUUAUGAACCAUUGGAAAAUACCAAUACCCAAGGUGGAGAGCGGUGCAUAACGCCCGAAUUCUCAGAAGGGACUUGUGUGCGGCUCUCCGAUUGCAACCAGGAGAAAAUUAUAGUUGAAGGGAACCUUCUUGAAUUGCGCAUCAGUUGUGGUACUCGCGAAGUCAACAGGGAACCAAUUGUAUGUUGUAUAACUGCAUUAAGUGACCCUCCUUCAACAAGUACAACAACAACCACAACCAUAACUCCAAUACCAGAAACGACUUUAACAACCACAACACCGGAACCAACGUCAACCACAUCAAUCUCAUCGCUUGUGGAUCUUCGAUCAAACAGUUGUCUAUUGGUACCGGGAGUGUAUGGCGAAUGCAUCGACAUCAAGAGAUGUCCGUCAAUAUUAAAUCAGCUAAGGGAGAAGGGAAACGAUCCAGUACUAGUCAAAUUUAUAAAAGCUUCGAAUUUACUUUGCGACAACGUCGGCCAAAAUGUCUGUUGUCCCACAGAGCCAGGUCCACGUCGCUUGCCCACUGAAAAUGAGGGUUGUGGUGAACCAAACUUGGUCAGUUAUAGGAGAAUCGUGGGCGGCGAUGAGGCAAUGAAAGGUGCUUAUCCAUGGAUCGCACUGCUAGGAUAUGGUGAUAUUUCCCUUUCGAAAUUCAAAUGUGGCGGAACUUUGAUUACGGCCAGACAUGUGGUGACAGCAGCUCAUUGCAUAAAGCACGAUCUGUCGUUUGUGCGCCUCGGAGAGUAUGAUCUUUCUACCGACACUGACACUACGCACAUGGACAUCAACAUAGUCAAGAAUGUCUCCCAUUCCAAUUACAAUAAGACAGACGGUCGCUGCGAUAUAGCGAUGCUUUACUUGGAACGGAACGUGGAGUUUACAGAUAUAAUGAAGCCCAUUUGUUUGCCCAACUCUCUCAGCUUGCGUGCCAAGACUUAUGUGGAUACAAACCCCAUUGUCAUUGGCUGGGGUAAUACUCAAGAGUCUGGAAGAAGUGCAAAGAUAUUGCGUCAGCUAACGAUACCCAUCCUGGAGAAUUCAGUGUGCCAAAACAGUUAUAAAGCAUUGAAUCUAAGCUUUAGCUUGAAUCAAUUCGAUAAAGCCGUACUCUGUGCUGGAAUUUUAGCAGGCGGCCAAGACGCUUGCCAAGGGGACUCAGGUGGUCCGCUAAUGACCUCCGAGCAAUUAGAUAAUGGUGAAAUCAGAUUCUAUCUGAUUGGAGUUGUUGCCUAUGGCUAUGGUUGUGCCAGGCCAAAUAUACCUGGAGUCUAUACGAGCACACAAUACUUCAUGGACUGGAUAAACGAUAAGGUACGAGAGAUGCCUCGACAGCAGUGCUUGACGCCUGAACACUAUCUAGGGACUUGUGUGGCGCUCAUCGAUUGCCCUCAGGUGACAGAAGUCUACAAUUUUAGAGACGAUCGCGUAGGCACACAAUAUGUGCUCGCCUUGCAUCGCAGUUGUGGAACGCGGAGUGUCAACGGGGAACCAAUUAUUCCCAAAGUCGACAGCAGUCCUUCACGCAUGAAUACUGUCGAGGGACUUGUGUGGCGCUCAGCUAUUGCCCCCCAGGUGACAGAAGUCUACAAUUUUGGAAACGAUCGCGCAGGCACACAAUAUGUGCUCUUCUUGCACCGCAGUUGUGGAACGCGGAGUGUCAACGGGGAUCCAAUUGUAUGUUGUACAAGACCAAGCACAACAACAACGACAACAAUACUUCCAAUACCAGAAGCGACCUCAACAACAACAACAACCACAACACCACAACCAACCUCAACAACCACAACAACCAGAAAACCAGAACAAACCUCAACCACGUCAAUCUCACCGCCUAUAGAUCUUCGGUUAAACAGUUGUCUAUUGUCACCCGGAGUAUAUGGAGAAUGCAUCGACAUCAAGAGAUGUCCGCCCAUAUUGAAUCAGCUAAAGGCUAAGGGAAACGAUCCUGAACUAGUCAAAUUUAUAAAAGCUUCGAAUUUACUUUGCGACAACGUCGGCCAAAAUGUCUGUUGUCCCACAGAGCCAGGUCCGCGUCGCUUGCCCACUGAAAAAGAGGGUUGUGGGGAACCAAACUUGGUCAGUUUUAGGAAAAUCGUGGGCGGCGAUGAAGCAAUGAAAGGUGCUUAUCCCUGGAUCGCACUGCUAGGAUAUGGUGAUAGUUCCCUUUCGACCUUUAAAUGUGGCGGAACUUUGAUUACGGCCAGACAUGUGGUGACAGCAGCUCAUUGCAUAAAGGAUAAUCUCUCGUUUGUGCGCCUCGGAGAGCACGAUCUUUCUACCGACACUGACACUACGCACAUGGACAUCAACAUAGUCAAGAAUGUGUCCCAUUCCAAUUACAAUAAGACAGACGGUCGCUGCGAUAUAGCGAUGCUUUACUUAGAACGCAAUGUGGAGUUUACAAAUAUAAUGAAGCCCAUUUGUUUGCCCAACUCUCCCAUCUUGCGUGCCAAGUCUUAUGUGGAUACAAACCCCAUUGUCAUUGGCUGGGGUAAUACUCAAGAGUUUGGAAGAAGUGCAAAAAUAUUGCGUCAGCUAAUGAUACCCGUUUUGGAGAAUUCAGUGUGCCAAAACAGUUAUAAGGCAAUGAAUCUAAGCUUUAGCUUGAAUCAAUUCGAUAAAGCCAUACUCUGUGCUGGCACUUUAGCUGGUGGCAAAGACUCUUGCCAAGGGGAUUCAGGUGGUCCGCUAAUGACCUCCGAGCAAUUAGAUAAUGGUGAAAUCAGAUUUUAUCUGAUUGGAAUUGUUGCCUAUGGUUAUGGUUGUGCCAGGCCGAAUACACCCGGAAUCUAUACGAGCACACAAUACUUCAUGGACUGGAUAAACGAUAAGGUGCGGGAGAUGUCAUGAACUGAAACUGAAAGUUAUUUUGUCUAAUCUAUAUGCAGUAGCUUACGUUCGAAUUGAUGUAAAUAAUAAUUAUACUGAAGCGCAUUUCUAAUAUUUACAUAAACUGUGUUCCUCUUUGUCCUUGGCUUUGUUCUCAUGACCUCAACGCGAUUUAAUCCCUGAGCCGAAUGCUUGGACGCAGCGCCUUUAAGACUUAUGCAAAUAGGGGCAAAAGAAAGAGAAGAGUU